AUGGAGAAACCCGUCCCGGCCAAGGAGGACUCUCCCAUUUCCUCCUUGAACAGCCACGAUGCGAUCUCGACCACGCAGCAAGACAACAGAGUUGAGAAGCGCUCGCUGGAGCGUACAGAUACUGUCAAAGACCUGCAGCUCGAUGGACUAGAUCCUAUCUACGCUGCAAAGGUGCAUUGCCUGAACCAGGCUUUGAGAGACAUUGGUAUGGGACGCUACCAGUGGUGCCUGUGGUUCCUGACUGGAUUCGGGUGGAUGGUGGACAAUAUGUGGGAGCAGUGUAUUGCUGUUAUUCUCCCAGUAAUCAUCCUGGAAUUUAACCCUAAAUACUCUGCUAUGCUGGGUAUAGGCCAGCAAAUUGGUCUUAUUAUAGGUGCUACCGUAUGGGGUCUAAGUUCGGACACCAUCGGACGGCGAAUUGCGUUUAAUAUGACCCUUGCAAUUGCUUCCAUCUUUAGUACGGCAUCAGCAGGAGCUCUAAAUUUCGUCGCAAUAGACGCGCUUUUGGGCGUUGCUGGUAUUGGCAUCGGUGGCAACCUUCCUGUUGACAGCGCCAUCUUCAUCGAAUUCUGCCCUGCUUCACAUCAAUGGCUGCUCACCGUCAUGUCUAUAUGGUGGUGUUUUGGACAGGUUUUCGCCUCCCUGAUUGGAUGGCCAUUCAUUGUGAACUUCUCCUGCCCUACAUCAACGGAACCGGGACACUGUCCGCGGUCAGAGAAUAUGGGUUGGCGCUAUACAAUCAUCGUAUUAGGAUUUGUCACAAUCGCUAUGUUUGUUGUCCGAACUUUUGUCUUCAAGCUUUACGAGUCACCCAAAUUUUACCUCGCCCACGGUCAGGACGAGAAAGCGCUAGAUGUUGUCUUCUCCUUGGCAAAAUAUAACGGCGUCCCAGCUCCCGACAUUUCUCUGGAGAAACUCCAGCGCAUCGAAAACGAAACCCGAGGGCGCCUAGGCCUGCAAGGGUCCCCUGAAGCGGACCAGACUCGUCGGCUAAGCAGGAGACAGCUGAUAGCACACAACCUUCGGGAACUCAAAGGCAACCAUCUCAAGGCGCUUUUCAGCAAUAAGAAGAUGGCCUACUCGACCACAGUCAUCGUUCUUAUCUGGGGACUGAUCGGAAUUGGCUAUAAUCUCUUCAACGUCUUUCUACCGGUCUAUCUCGAAACGCACGGCACGGGCAGCUCGGGCGGGAAUAACUCGCUGAACAUAACCUACCAACACUACGCGAUCACUUCUGUGUGCGGGAUUCCCGGCUCACUCAUCGGUGGCUGGCUCGUCGAGCAGAAAUGGGUCGGUCGAAGGGGCACCCUAGUCGGGUCCACCUUGAUAACCGGCAUCUUCUUAUUUUGCUAUACCCAGGCCACCACUGCUUCCGGCGUCCUAGGCUUUUCAUGUGGCAUCUCCGUCACUCAGAACUUGAUGUACGGUGUGCUUUACGCCUACACUCCAGAGGUAUUCCCGGCUCCACAUCGAGGAACUGGUAUCGGAAUUGCAAGCGCUUUCUGCCGCAUCUGUAACACAAUGGUCCCGAUUAUUGCUUCAUUUGUAGACCUAAGAUCUAGCGCGCCCAUGUGGGUUAGCGGUACCAUGUUGCUCUCUGCUGGCACGUUGGCCAUGACUCUGCCAUAUGAGCCCAACGGCAAGAACAGUGUGUGA